UCGGCCCCGGUCCCUCGAUUUCUGGUGGCAGCGGGCCUGCAGGGGGCCGAAGACGGCAGCUCUGGUCUUCCUUAUCCGAUCUCUGCCGACCUUCCUCUCCAGGGCACUGCCCUCACUUUCGGAGGAGGCCACGGCCAUGGCGGUGGAGAACAUCAACCAGCUGCCGGAGAACAUCCUGCUGGAGGUGUUCACGCACGUGCCAGCCCGCCAGCUGCUGCUGUGCUGCCGCCUGGUCUGCAGCCUCUGGCGCGACCUCAUCGACUUGGUGACCCUCUGGAAGCGCAAGUGCUUGCAGGACGGCUAUGUCGUCCAGGAGGGGGACCAGCCCGUGACUGACUGGAAGGUCUUCUACUUCCUGUGCGCCCUCCAGCGGAAUCUCCUCAGCAACCCAUGCGCUGAAGAGGGGCUGGCAUCCUGGAAGAUCGACGAGAAUGGGGGCGACGAGUGGAAGGUGGAGACAAUGCCCGGAGACUAUGUGAAAGAAUUUCCCAACGACCAAGUCAAGAAGUACUUUGCCACGUCGUAUGAGUUGUGCCUCAAGUCACAGCUGGUGGACCUCAUAGCCGAGGGCUACUGGGAGGAGCUGCUGGACCAGUACCGGCCAGACAUCGUGGUGAAGGACUGGUUUGCGGCCCGCGGCGACUGCGGCUGCAUCUACCGCCUACGCGUGCACCUGACCUCGGCCGACUACAUCACCCUGGCCUCCUUCGAGCCCCCGCCCAUCACCAUCCCGCAGUGGAACGAUUCCAAGUGGACAGAGGUCUCACACACCUUCUCGGAUUACCCGCCCGGUGUGCGCCACGUUCUCUUCCAGCACGGGGGACAGGACACCCUGUUCUGGGCAGGCUGGUAUGGGGCCCGCAUGACCAACAGCAGUGUCACCGUCAGCCCCAGGAAGGCCCUGCGCCAGGCCUCGGAGGGCACUGCCCACCCUGUUUAAGCUGCACAGACCGGCCGGAUGUCCUGUCCUCAAGCAGCUCUUGGUCCUGUCCCCACGGAGGGCCUU